GUCACCACCAACACACCUCAACUUCGUGCCUUGGGCUUUCACGUAGGCUCUUGAGAUUCAGAGAUUCUUGUUACGCAAUAGACGUACGCUCCUGAUACGAGUGAUCCAUGCUCUCUCAAGCUCUGCUUUCACAACGGUCGCGCCUGACAUCGUUUCUCGGAAGUCUUAAGUCUCGACGUCUCAUAUCGACCCGUCGUGCUUCAACGGUUAGAUCCAAAUCACACUAACGCUGGGAGAGUGAUGAACGCUGGACGUCCCAAAAGCUAACGGAAUCCUGACGGCCGUCAGCCAUGCCGUCCAGCAUUCACCAGAGCCUCCGCGGGGAAACCACGUCGGGCAGGCCGCGUCGCAUGGUGCACGCUAAGCGUUCCGGCCGAGUUGCCGACGUGGGAACGGCGACCAGCGUUUCACAUGCACACGCACACGCGCACGCACACGAGUACGCGUUCCCUGCUGGCGCUGGGUCAUCCGGCAAGCGGCUGUCGUUCAUGGAUCUCGAUCCGGAGACCUCCGAUCGUUCCGUGCGAUCACAGUCGUCGCAGCAGCAGCAGCAGCAGCAGCAACGGGAUCCCACUGCCUUCCCGUCCGCCGGUUUCAGCUCUCCCUUCGCCGUGUUCCGAGCAGCCGAAACUCUCCCGUCAACUCCCACCGUGCCGUCCUCAGCGGGGCCCGCAUCGACCGCUGCGAGCAGCAGAUCUGACCGCGGCACGGCGCCAGCGCAAGAGCCGCUGUUCCGCUUCGGCACGGGUGGAACAGCGACGACGCACGCGCAGGGGUCGAGGCCAUCCGCGGGUUUGGCGGGGGGCGGGGCGUCACGAAGCGCGCACGGGCGGAGGGCUGGAAGAGGCGCGGGGAACAGCGCGGGGAGGGGGAAGGUUGCGAGUCCCGAGCCCAUGGUCACGGAUUCCGCGGAGCUCCCCCGUGCGCCGCCUGCUGCUGCUCUCACUGCUGACAGCACUGGUGGCGCGAGUCGUGACGUGGGUGGCGGCGUGGGUGGCGGCGUGACGGGUGCCGCAGGUGGCGGGGUGGGUGGUGCGGGUGCGCACGGAUGGGCUUGGCUGAACCCUAGCAAGUUCGCGGGUGGGUCCGCGUUCAGAGCGACGCCAGCAGCGGGUUUCUCUUUCGGAGAUAGCCUGUUUCCCGCGCGUGCUCCCUCUGCUGCAACGGCGACUGCUGCUGCUGCUGCUGCCGCUGCUGAUGUUUCGUAUGACGCUGUUCGCUCAAGCGAAUCUUCUCAGUCGUUUGUCACUUCUGCCACCACACCCUCAACGACCACUGCCGCUGCUGCUACCACUGGCUCUCCCUCUUCCGCGGCCGCUUCAACCAGCAAUUCGGCCGCUGCGGAUAGCACAACCACGCCCUUCCCGCCCCUCAAUCUCUUCGAACUCCCGCGCCCUCACGCCUCCACCUCGUCAGCCCCGCUCUUCGGGACGUCCUUCCCCUUGAUCCCCCCCGCCUCCGCCUCGCACCCGCCGUCCGUCCCUCUGGCUCCCUUCGCCGCGCCCCUGUUCCACACCUCUCAAACCCCCCCUCUGUUUUCCUCCUCCGCGCCCCUUUCCGCAGGCCCUCCCGGAACCAUACCCCUCUUCUCCUCCUCUUCCUCCUCCUCCUCCUCUUUCUCUUCCUCCUCCGCCUCCACCUCCUCCGCUGGUCUCUUCCAGGCGGCAGCUGCAGCGCCGUUCGCGGGAGCAGGCGCGGUGAGGCCGCGGGCAGCGGCAGAGGGAGCGAGGCUCGGGGGGAAGAAAGUCAAGUCGCGCAGCCCGAAGGUGGGGGGCAGGGCGGGGGGUGCAGGGGGUGCAGGAGCUGUGGGGGGUGCAGGGGGGGGUGCAGAGGGCGCAGGGGAUGGUGGCGGGCGGGGUGGGGAAGAAAAAGUGAGCGUGGUUGCUGCGGGCGGAAGGGGUUGGAGCAGCGCAGCAGAUGCGGGGGACGCAGCAGGCAUGGCGGGGGAUGGAGUACAAGCAGUGCCUGCAGGAAACGGUGGGCAUGUGCAGGGCAGCGGGGCACUCGAACCUUCGUCGCCUAUUCCUCCUCCUCCUGCCGCUGCUGCUGCUGCUGAUCUUCCCGUCUCUGCUGCUGCGGCAUCCUAUGCGAAGGACGAGCCCAUUCAUAUCCGUAGCAGUGUAGGCGCCCAGCCUUCUCCUGGCUUCGUCUUUGGUGCCGCCCCAGUCCAGUCCGCUGCCCAACCCACCGUGCACCUUCACCUUCACCGUCUCUCACAUGCUGCUGGUAGCGACCCCGCGCCUAGCGACGCAAGCGCAGCGUCGUCUGCCCCGCGCCUUGCUCCGUUGCCUGAGGUGGUGUUUGCAGCAGCGGCCCCGGGACACGUGGCGGCACAGGAGGCCCGCGUUGGUACGCCUGGAUCUGGAUCUCGCAGGAAGGGGACGGGGGCGGGCAGGCGGGCAGGCGCAGGGAGGGCCGCUGUGCGGGGGGGAAGGAAUGCAGGUGGCGUGGGGUCGACAGAGACAGUCGGCUUAACAGCAGCAGCGGCGGCUGCUACAGCAGGAGUAACAGUGGGCGCAGCAGCAGCAGCAGCAGCAGCAGCAGCAGCAGCACAGGCAGGCCAUGAGGAGACUGACAUGGGGCUGGGACUUAGGCUUGGGUUGAAGCAGUGGGGCGCGAGUGGGGGUUUUGGGAGGCAGGAGGGACCUGGCAGUGGGGCGGGGGAGGAUUAUAUGGGGAAUGGACAUCAGACGGAGAGCACAGGGAAGGUGCUUGCUGCUGAUGCAGCACGGGAGGGGGAGAGAUGGCAGCACGCCAGGCUUGCAGAGGGCGUUUCUCAGAAGAACACUCUGGAGGAAGACUCGCAGCGACGGACAGACGAGAGUCCUGGGGGGGGGCCUGGUGAGACGGUGGCUGGCGAGGGGAACAGGUCAGAGGGAGCAGAGCAGAGGGGGGUCAGGGGGGAGCGUGGGGAAGGGGUGAGUAGAGAGGAGAGCGUGCAGGCGAUGGGGGAGAGGAUGGCGAGGGUGGAGCUUGGAGACAGUGGGCUGGCGACUGCAGUGAGAAGCGUGGAAGCUGAGAUGGCGAGGAUGGCUGUGAGAGGGGCGGUGGUGGUGCAGCCGGCUGGGACGGCUGAUCGCACUGCUGCUGUGGCCUCUGCUUCCGCCCCUGCACCUGCUGCCCCUGCUCCUGCAGCAGCCAGUGUCGCCAGUACCACACGCGGUGCUUCCAACGUCACCAGCGCCGGCGCCAGCAACAGCGGCGCCACGAGCAGCAGCAUUAGCAACUUGAGCACUAAUGUGCAGGCGCAGCCAAGUACAGAGCAGGUGGGACGACGUGCGGCUGAGUCGAGUGAGGGCGGAGCGACAGAGGGGCAGGUGGAUGGUGUUGCCGCCCAGCUGCACGAGCUGAGUGUGGGAGCUCGUGGUGAAGAGGGUGGUGGCAGGGGAGAGGAGGGCAGGGGCGGGGCGAAUCAGCAGCACCAGCAACAGCAGCAGCAGCAGCAGCAGCAGCAGCAGCCGCUGCCGCCGCUUCAGCAGCAACAGCUGAAUGAACAACUGGCGAGCUUGAAGCUGGCAGUUGAAACAGCACGCGCUGGUAAUGGGGCGGUGGAGCAGAGGAGCGCGGUGGCGCAGGAAGAAAGCCAAGGAAACAAGCCAGCACCAGCAAGCGAGGAAGCAGCUGCUGCAGCGGCCGCAGCGGCUGUAGCAGCAGCAGCAGCAGCAGCGGUGGCAGCCGCAUCAGCAGAGGAGGAUGCGGCAGCAGUGCCUGAUCUGCUAGCUGCCCUGGAUCUAAGCCGUCUCCCUGUGAACCCGCCAACGGGGCCGGGCUCAGACGAGAAGCUCAAGCACUAUAUCGAUGGGCUCACGUCCGGUAUCUCUCUCCUCCUGCGCCUGGGCAGAGAGUCCUCCGGAGUCUCAGGGUCCUCCGCAGUCUCAGGGUCCUCCGGAGUCUCUGGUCCCUCUGGAGUGUCAGGGCCGAGCGCGGCUGCUGAAGCAGUGGCAAGCAAGCCUCAUGGACUGGCGUCCGUUGCUUCCCGUGCUUCUGCUGGGCCCUCUGCGCCAGCAACACCUCCACCUGCGCCAAACGCAACCCCAGGCUAUGUCUUCUCAACCCCCACCUCCACCCCCGCCUCCUCCGCCUUCCACUUCUCUGCAAAAUCCUCCCCCACAUUCCACACCCCUCCCACGUCCUUCGCCUCCUCUCCUGCCCCAGUCCCCAGCCCGCCGUUCCCUCUCAGACCACCCUCGGCCACUCCCUCCGCUCCUUCCUUUGGCUUGCCAGCUGCAGCAGCAGCCACUGCUGCUGUGGAUUCUUCUGCUGCUGCCGCCGCAGCCGCUGCUGGUGCUGCUGUUUUCUCGUUCGGGUCUGCAGCAGCGCCUGCUGCUGAGGCAGGGCCGUUUGUGUUCGGGAAGCGGGCAGGCAAGAGGGUGGGAGGAGAUGGUAGUGCUCACAAGGGGCGAAGCAGUCACGGUGCUGAGAGUGGCAAGGGGCAUGCUGUGGCUGACAUGGUUCCUCCUGCUGCUGACAGGGGAGCGGCUCAUUCUACUGCUGCUGGUGUGGCUGAUGCAGCACCCCUUCGAGCAGAGCCAGCCACCGAUGUGCCUGGUCCAUCAUCCGCAUCCGCGUCCACAUCCACAUCCGCAUCCGCAUCCGCAUCGGGGUCCUCUUCAUCAUCUUCAGCAGCACCUGCUGUACCCAUUUUCCAGUUCGGGUCUACCUUAGGUGCAGCGUCUGCCCCCACUCCCCCCUCUCCUUUCACCUUCUCCUUCGCGUCCCAUCUCGCACCCUCGUCCUCCUCAACACGCGUGCCCUUUGCACCACUCUUCAACACCACGCCCUUUGGAGUGCGAUCCUCUACAAUCAGUGGGGGCGGGACCCAGAAAAAAUCCACUGGGAGUGGUGCUGCUGGGGGGGCGACUGGCAGUAGUCCGAGCCCGAUGGAUUGCUCGCCUGGUCCCGGUGAUGCCCGCAUUUCGCCAGGCUCCACAGACAAUGAAGGUUCGGCAGGACACGGUGGGAGCGGUGGGAGCGGUGGGAGGAGGGGGAGCGGUGGGGAGGCUGGUGAGGGAAGUCAGGUGGACGGGGUUGGGGCGAAACUGGAGCAGAUGGGUCUAAGGGAGGAGAGGGCCAGGCCAGGGGAUGCUGGCACGUUUCCCGAUGGUGACAGGGCAGGCAAGGAGCAGCAGCAGCAAGAGCAGCAGGAGCAGGAGCAGCAGCAGGCGAGGGGGGUGUUUGAGGAUGUUGGUUUGUUUGGAGCAAGUGGAGCAGCAGCAGCCCAGGCCACAGCAGCAGAGGUGCGAUUGGAGGAUCUGACAGGGUUCAGAUUCGUUGCAGGGGCUGCCUCGUCAGGUAGAGGCACAGGGGGGCCUGCUGCUGCUGUUAACGCCAGGCACUCUCGCCACACGCCCCACCGCACGCCGCCGGGUGGCAGGAGGGGGAAGGGGCUGUCGAGGGAGAGAGCAGCUGGUGGUGGGGGUGCUGGCUCUGCUGCCCGUGUGCCUGCUGGUGCUGCUGCUGGUGGUGGGUCUGCUGGCGCUGCUUUCGGUGCCAAGGCCACUGCUGAUGCUGCGGAAUUUAAUCGCUCCGCUGCAACUGCUGCUGCUGGUGGUGGGACGAGUGGCGUGAGGAAGGAGGCAGCGGCAGGGCGGACAGCGGGAGGAGAAGACACGAACAGAGCAACAAGGAGAGGCCUUGAGGGAGCGGCUAAGGACGCAGAGCAGUCGUGCGAGAAGUGGAGGCUCAAGGGCAAUCAGGUGUACGCCAAGGGCGAGUACGCCCGAGCAGAGGAUUUCUACUCGCGCGGGCUCAGCAUUGUGGCGGGCUUUGCUGCAUUCCCGACAUGCCUGCACGCCGCCAUGCUGUGCCACAGCAACCGCGCCGCCACGCGCAAGUACCUGGGGCGCGUGCGCGAGGCACUGGCUGACUGCCGGGCGGCGCUGGCCAUCAAUGGGUCGUUCUCGCGCGUCCUGCUGCGCAUGGCAAGCUGCCACAUGGCGCUGGGCGAGCUGGCAGAGGCGCGUCAGGUGUACCUCUCUCUGAAGCAGCCCUUGGGAUUGUCGCUGGGCGCAGCAGGCGGGGAUCCCAAGGUGGGCAUGGAGGCGGAGCAAGGUCUGCAGCAGGUGGAGCAGGUGGAAGGGAAUAUGGUGAAGGCCCUUACUCUGCUGCGCGUGCCGCUGACUGUAUGGCCCCCACUUGCUGCUGCAGGGGGCGCUGGGGGGGGGACAGGUGUGGCAGCGGAAGGGGCAGCGGGGGGGGUGUCACGGUCCGGAUCAGUGGGGGGAAUGGGGGGAGUGGGAGUGGGUGGGGGAGCAGCAGGAGCAGGAGGGGCAGGAGGGGGAGCUGGCGCAGGAGCAGCGUCGGUGAUGGUGGUGAAGGAAGUGGAGGAGGCGUUGGGGUUGGUGGAGAGGGUUGCGGAGGUGUGUCCGUACUGGGAAGUGCUGCUGUGCGCCAAGGCACGCGCGCUGCUGCUGCUGAGCCGCUACGACGAUGCGUGUCAUCUGUGUGAGAGCACGUUUUCUGCUUCGGAAAGCAACCACGCCGCACCCACUCCUUCCGCCAUGCCUGCUACCAACAGCAGCAGCGGCGGUAGCAGCUGCAGCAGCAAGGGGCAGCAGGGGCACUUGGUGUGGCGGUGGGCAGUGGUGGGGCGAGCACGGUUCGGGCAGGGGCGGUUGGAGGAUGCAAUAGAGCAGCUGGCGCGGCUUGACGGCUUGGCACUGCCUUCUGGGGAUGCUGCUGAGGCGGGUGCAGGUGCUGCUGAUGGUGGCAGUAGCAAGGGCGGUGGUGCUGGUGGUGGUGCGGCAUUGUUGUAUUCGGUUGCUGUUCCCGAUAUUGCUGUGCCAGCAGAUCUCACCAAGGGCAUCAGGGAAAUGCUCAGACUCAAGGCAGCGGGCAACGAGGCGUUUCAGGCGGGGCGGCAUGAGGAGGCAGUGGAGCGGUACACCGCAGCCAUCACCAUCACCAUGCCCACGCUCGCCGCCUCGCGCCCCUUCUCAGCUGUCUGCUUCUGCAACCGCGCUGCUGCCAGCCACGCUGCUGGGAACAUUGCCGAUGCCAUUGCGGACUGCAGCAGAGCCAUUGCACUCGACCCGUCUUAUGCCAAGGCCAUCUCGCGGCGCGCCACGUUGUGGGAGAGUGUGCGGGAGUACGAGCACUCCCUGGCGGAUCUCAACCGCCUGCUGCUGCUCACGCACGGCAAGGGGAGCAGCACGGGGGGGAAGGGCAGCAGCGGGAAGAGCGGGGGUGGUGCUAGUGGUGGGGCAGGCAGUGUGGUGGACGAGAGGCAGGUGAAGGAGCGCGUAGGGCGCGUGCAGAAGGAGGUGCAGCAGGCGCACCAGCCCGACCACUACCUCAUGCUUGGCAUGGAGCAGGCAUGCACGGCAGCAGACGUCAAGAAGGCAUACCGCAAGGCAGCCCUGAGGCACCACCCAGACAAGGCUGCGCAGCUGUUGUUUCCGGGAAGGGGCGAUGCAGACGGGUGGCUUAGCAGGGAGCUGGGGGAGGAGAUACAGCGCGAUGCGGACCGGCUGUUCAAGGCCAUUGGCCACGCGUACAACGUGCUCUCGGACGAAAUCAAGAGGGGUGAGUACGAUGCAGAGGAGCGGCUGCGCAAGAUGCGCCCUCACUACUCGUCAGCAGCAGCAUCCGCAACGGCUGCUGCAGCAGCAGACGAGUUCUUUGCGACGUCGUUUGGAUAUGGUGGCGGGCGCAGCAGCACCCACAGGAGCCGAUGGGCCAACGAGAGCACAUGGGAGCGCCGCCACGAUUACUCGGGAGCUGGGAAUCGCACCGGUGGUUCGAGCCGUGGAGGGGGGACUGGUGAUAAGCCAAGGCGAAGCAACCAUGAAGCGCACUCCACCUCUCGGCCCAACCAGCAGCAGCAGCAACAGCCUCACUGGACUGACCGGGCACAAGGUGGUGGGAGCAGUCGGCGCAAUCAGAGCAAUGCAUCGCGACACACUGGUGCUUCUGGGGCAAAUGCCACUGGCAAAAGUGCUGCCGCUGGAGGUGGCGGUGGCGGUGGAGGUGGUGGUGGAGGCAAAUACAGUGACAAUGCCAAAGGGGGUUUUGAAUCCAGAUGGAAGGGGCGCCGUGGUUGGGAGGGUGAGAUGUAUGACGAUGACUAUGACAAUGUCGACGACUACAGCUUUUAUGACUAUUGAUGGAAGCAACAGCGAGGCGUUUUGACUUGUUGCUUAAGUUUUGAAAAUAUGAUAGA